AUGGGGAAUGAUCUUAGAGGGAAGUUUGGAAGUUACAAUACAGGGGGGUUAGAAAGUGGCACGGUGUUUCAUCCGACUGCAUGGCGGUGUGGGAUACCUGCUGUGGUGAGGAGGAGGAGGAUCAAAACCAUUGCUGAUUGGUCGGAUGAUGAUGAUGAUGACAACGGUGGUGGUGGUAGUGGUGGUGGUGGUUGCGAUGGUGGUUGUGAUGAUGAUGGUGAUGGCGAUAAGGGUCGGACGGAUUUCGACAGUGGUGAGUGGUUGGUGGAUGAUUUGAGAGUGCGGGGUGAGAGGAAGGUAAAGGAUGGUGAUUGGUUGGAUGAUGGCGGGGACGAGGAGGGAGAGGAGGGAGAGGAGAGAAAGGAGGAAGAGGAAAAUGAGGAGGAAAAGGAGGAGGAGGUGGCAGGUGAGGAAGGGGAGGAGGUGGAAGGAAGUGAGAAGGAGGCAGAGAAGGAAGAGCAGGAUAACUGUGGACCUGAGGGGUUAAAGGAGCAGCACGAGAGAGAGUGUGGGAGGAGGAAGAGGAGGCGUGUGAUAGGGGGCGAGGAGGAGGAGGAGGAGGAGGAGGAGGAGGAGGAGGAGGAGGAGGAGGAGGAGGAGGAGGAGGAGGAGGAGGAGGAGGAGGAGGAGGAGGAGGAGGAGGAGCAGGAGGCAGGAAAGGGGAUGGGAGAGGAUAUGGGAGAGGAGAGACGAGGGAGGAUGGGAGUACAGGAAGCAGUUGAAAGGGAGGAGUGGGCUGGAGGGGAGGAACAAGACGAAACGAGGGGUGCGAGUGAUGUUGACAAAGAUGCUGACAGUUAUGACAGGGAUGCUGACAGUGAUGACUCCAUGAUGACUCAGCCUGAGGAUGAAGCCACGUGGCGGUCCCUGAUUGAGCAGUCCACGCACGAAUGUGACAUGGAAAGUGCAAGGGAAGGAGGGAGGGAGAAGGUGGAUGGGUUGGAGAUUGGUUCAGAUUCACAAGAGGAGGACAGAAAAUCGGGGAUGGGGUUUCAGCCGUCACAGGGUCUGGACGCACCCAGCUUCUCGCUGGGUUUGGAGGGGUGGGAUGGGGAGGGGGACACGUUGGGGGAUGGGGGCAUGGCAGAGAUGGACGGGCAACAAGGAGACGUUGCUGCUGGGAGGGUUGAGAGUGGAAAGAAGGUGAAGGUGGAAUUGUCUGGUGCUGCUGCUGCUGCUGCUGCUGCUGCUGAUUUCUCUGGUGGUGGUGGUGUUGGUGGUGGUACAGCAGCUCCUGCUGCUGAGUUUGCUCGCAGUCGUGGUGGUGGUGCUUCUGCAAGUGGGGAGGGAGACGGAGGGAGGAGGUUCAGAAGGCUGCGGAAGGCUGUAGAGGUAAGGGGCAGGGCGGGAGAGAGCAAAGAGGAGGAGCGAAUGGAGGAGGAUCGAUGGAAGGAGGAGAGAAGGAAGGAGGAGGAAACGAAGGAGGAGAGACGGAAGGAAGUGGGGGAUGGGAGCCAGUCAGAGGCGCCUGUGAAAGCAGGCAUGGGAGACAUGGCAGAAGUAGAAGAUAUAGAGGACACACCUCCGGAGGGGCGAGAGGAAGAGGAGCCGGAUGAGAGAGGAAAGGAGGGUGAGGGGAGAGAGGAAGAGGAGCCGGAUGAGAGAGGAGAGGAGGGUGAGGGGAGAGAGGAGAGGUUUGGAGAGGUGGAUGGGUUGCGGCGGCGGCUGUUCUGCGAUGGAGACGAGGAGGGGAGGUCACAUGCAGAUGUGUCGGAGGGAGCAACGGGAACUGGCAGCACGCAGGGACGGAGCUCUGUGGUUCAACCACCAGCCCGUUUCACUGACUCGCUGCAACGUCAGCCGCCUGAAACUCAGACACCUGUCUUGUCAAUUGGCAUGCCAAGGCCAGGCGUCGCGCAGCAGACACCGUUCGCACAAACUCCUGAGUCGUCUCGAAAAGAGUUUCAACAGGCACCCCCAUCACAGGCACCCGCUCUGUCUGACACCAUGCAACGUGCGCCCCCAAUGCACACACCGGCCGCAACACCUGUGCUGUCAAGCCCCAUGCAUCAGCCACCCGCAACACACACACCAGCAACACCCGCUCUGUCUGAGGCUACUCGGCAGCUGCUGCAGCGGCGCCUGCCCCACCUGCAGCUGGUAGGUUGGCUGGAGGAGCGUGGGUGUGAUGCCAACGGUGACCCUGUUUUCAUCGACUACCGAAACCAGUUUGGAGCCGAACCUCCCUCCGGAGCAGAUGCUGACAGAGGAGGCCGCCCGGCUGGUGCGGGCGCCAACGGUGACCCUGUUUUCGUCGACUACCGAGGCCAGUUUGGUGUGGGGUUGUCUUUUGGAGCAGAUGCGGACAGAAGAGGCCGCCCAGCUGGUGCCGCUGUGGGAGCUGCUGGGAGUGGGAGGGAGGGGAUGGGAGGGCAGGGCUUUGGGUGGCAGCAGCAGCAAGGGAGCAGUGGAAGGAGGAGAGGAGGUGGUGCUGCUGCUGCUGCUGCUGCUGCUAGGGCUGCUGCUGCUGCUGCUGCUGCUGCUGGUACAGGUGCUGGUGGUGGUGGUGGUGGUACAGGUGCUGCUGGUAGCAGCGGCGGGCAAUGGGUGUCAGAGGGCGGCAAGAAGGUGUAUGUAACAGCAGCAGGGAAAACCCUUUACGGCCGCAUUGCCUACCGACAACACGUCAGGGUAAGUCGUGAGUUCACACCGCAGGGUUAG